UCCUGCCUCAGCCUCCUGAGUAGCUGGGACUACAGGCACGUGCCACCACACCCAGCUAAUUUUUAAAUGUCUGGAAAUCUACUGAAUGAAUGGUAUAACGAGAGGAUGUGAACCAUAGCAUAGCCCAUGAGCUUUGGGGCCCAGAAGAAAGGACUCAGACAAAGUUCCCUCUUGAGCCUCCAGGUCUCCAGAGCAUGAAAACCAAGAAGCCUCUAGACACCGAAGGUAGAGGCAUGUGCCUCUGACCUCAGGUAUCCAUCUGAUACUUGUCAGGGAUUGGAGUCCCAAGAAUGAAGAUGGCCUGGGUUUCCUCUUCUCCAGCUUAAGAAGAUAAAAGAAUAAAAUUGCUGCUGCUCACAGAAAACAUAGAAGAGACCAUGGAGGCUCUGGCCUCAAAGCACGCAGAGAGAGCUCCUCAUUCUCAAGCCUCAGCCCUCCCCCAAGAUGUGGAAGAUGAGACCACAUUUCAGAAGCCAUUGACCUUCAAGGACGUGGCUGUGGUCUUCACGGAGGAGGAGCUGGGGCUGCUGGACCCUGCCCAGAGGAAGCUGUACCGAGAAGUGAUGCUGGAGAACUUCAGGAACCUGGUCUCUGUGGGACAACCACCUUUCCAACCUGAUAAGAUAUCCCAUUUGGAACAAGACAAAGAAGCUUGGGUGACAGAUGGAGAAACUCCACGAGAUGCAUAUCCAGGAGACCAGAAUAGAAAAGAUAUGGAGUAUAUUCAAGAAAAAGAAUUGAGGUUCCUUUCACACAGAGAGCUCUCAUUCUGGAAAAUCUGGGAACAAGUGGCUGGUGAAUUAACUAGGAGUCAAGAUUGUCAAAUGAGUCUUCAAAGGAAAGAUUUCCAGUUAGAAGACGCUGCCCCCCAUCAAGUGUGGCAAGGAGCAUCUACUCAGGGUUUUCGAACUGAGAAUUUGGUGGACAUUCUACAAGGGGAUGGGCCCAUCAGUGUAGAAAAGCAAGAGUUUCCAUCCUGCAGAGCUGUGAAAUCAGUCCCAACUCAAGAUUCUUGGAUGAAAGCCUUUGUGAAUGAGCCGUGGAAUGUUCAAGAAAGAUGUAAGAAACUCUACUUGGGAGAUACAGUAUAUCAAUGUGAUUGGGAUGAUUAUAGCUUCCACUGGUUAUCACAUUGUUAUGAUGCCCACAGAUUCUCUGAAAGAUACGAGCCGUGUAAUUGCGAUAGAUGUAGAAAAGACUGCGUUAAGAAGUCCACACCUCAUCACCCUAACCCUGGAAAGAAUGGUUUUAAAAGUAGUGAAUGUGGCUUGAGGGAUGAUUCAAACCUUCCCACCUAUCCAAGAAUGGCCUUCAAAGAGAAACUCUGUAAACAUGAGUUUGGGAAGGGCUUGAGGCAUAGUGCCUGCCUUGACCGCCAUCAAAGAAUUGCCACAGAAGAGAAAUCCUCUAAAAGUCUGGAGUGCGGUUGGGGCUUCAGGCAGAACAAACACAUUCACAGCCAACCCAGGGUCCCUAAGGGAGAGAUGCCCUACAGAUGCGACGUCUGUGGGAAGGGCUUCAGGUAUAAAUCAGUUCUACUUAUUCAUCAAGGGGUGCACACAGGAAAGAGACCCUAUAAGUGUGAGGAGUGUGGGAAGGCCUUUGGUCGGAGCUCAAACCUGCUCGUCCACCAGAGGGUUCACACUGGAGAGAAACCUUAUAAAUGUGGCGAGUGUGGGAAAGGCUUCAGUUACAGUUCAGUGCUUCAAGUCCAUCAGAGGCUACAUACGGGGGAGAAGCCCUACACGUGCAGUGAGUGCGGCAAAGGAUUUUGCGCCAAGUCAGCACUGCACAAGCAUCAGCACGUCCACCCAGGAGAAAAGCCCUAUAGCUGCGGCGAGUGUGGAAGGGGAUUCAGCUGUAACUCCCACCUCAGCAGUCACCAGAAAAUGCACACGGGCGAGAGGCCCUACCAGUGUGACAAGUGUGGUAAAGGUUUCAGUCACAGCUCGUACCUUCAGGCUCACCUGAGGGUUCACGUGGGGCAGCGCCUCUAUGAAUGUGACAUAUGUGGUAAGAGUUUCGGCUACAGCUCAGGGCUGCUCAUGCAUCAGAGACUGCACACGGGAGAGAAACCCUACAAAUGCGAAUGCGGGAAGGGCUUCGGCCGGAGCUCAGACCUCCAUGUCCAUCAGAGGGUCCACACGGGAGAGAAACCAUAUAAAUGUGGCGAGUGUGGGAAGGGCUUCCGGAGGAAUUCAGACCUUCACAGUCACCAGAGGGUCCACAGAGGAGAGAGACCCUACAUAUGUGACGUGUGUGGGAAGGGCUUCAUUUACAGCUCUGACCUCCUCAUCCACCAGAGGGUCCACACAGGUGAGAAACCCUAUAAAUGUGCUGAGUGUGGCAAAGGCUUCAGUUAUAGCUCAGGCCUUCUCAUUCACCAGAGAGUCCACACGGGUGAGAAACCUUACAAGUGCCAAAAGUGUGAAAAGGGCUUUCGGUGCACCUCAAGCCUUCACAAACAUCAGCGUGUCCACACGGGAAAGAAGCCCUAUACGUGUGAUGAGUGUGGCAAGGGAUUCAGUUAUGGCUCCAACCUCCGCACCCACCAGCGGUUGCACACAGGAGAGAAGCCCUACACAUGUUACGAAUGUGGAAAGGGCUUCAGAUACGGCUCAGGUCUCCUCAGUCACAAGAGGGUACACACUGGUGAAAAACCAUAUAGAUGUGACGUGUGUGGGAAGGGCUAUAGUCAGAGCUCACAUCUCCAAGGUCACCAGAGGGUCCACACUGGUGAGAAACCCUAUAGAUGUGAGCAGUGUGGGAAGGGCUUUGGCCGCAGCUCCUGUCUUCAUGUCCACCAGAGGGUCCACACUGGAGAGAAGCCCUAUAAGUGUGGGGAGUGUGGGAAAGGCUUCAGUUAUAGCUCAGGUCUGCGAAACCACCAGAGAAUGCAUUUAAGUGAGAAACCUAAGUAGAUGUAAGUUGAGGUUUCUAGUUGGAACUCAGAACUUUCUAUUCAACUGAGGGCCAACCCAGGGUGAAAACCUAGUGAAAGAGAUGGGCAGGAGGAGCUGCGGAAGGAUCUGGUGUAGACAGUUGUCGGCUAGUCUACACAGGAUGGAAAGACCUGGAAGUGUGAUACAUAGGUAGCACUUCAGUCACACACAUCAGUCUUAAGGAGUCUCCUGCUCACCAAAAUAGUCACAGGAGGAGAAUAAAAAUCGUCACUGUCAUCAGAGUCAGCCUAGAAGGAAGCUUUAACAAAUGUACAAGCAGUAUCCAAGGUGCACAUUGUGGACAGAGUUCUUGAUGGGGGUGAUACCAAUGAGACAACAUUGUGAGUAAACUGCAGGAAGAUGGCUUUUUACCAGGUGUCAAAAACAAAAUAUGACUGGCAUUGCAUUCUGUUAAUUGGCAUUUCAGUGAAUUUAUGGUUUAAUUUGGAAAGAACUUGCAUCUUCAAAAUGCUGAUUUUCUAUUCCAUUUUGAAAAAAUACUGUUUGUUUCCACUUAGUCAAGUAUUUGUGACCCCUCAAUAAUAUUUUUUAGAGAUGAUUCAGAAUAGGUUCUGAAUAUUCUUAAGUGUAUUUCUGGGAAGAUGUUUUAUUGCUAUCACAAAUAUUUUUACCCCAUUUCAUUUCACAGCUUUUUAAAAACAUCACAAAUAUAUUAGAGUAUCUUAUGAAUCAGAAAUGCCAUUUUCAACUUGUCAAAUUAGCAUUGAUAAAAAAGAUUCACCAAAUCUGUCCAGGUGAGGUAGCUCACACCUGUAAUCCUAGCACUCUGGGAGGCCGAGGUGGGAGGAUCGCUUCAGCUCAAGAGUUCAAGAUGACCCUGAGCUCAUCUUGAGAGUGAGAACUCAUCUCUACUAAAAUAUAGAAAAAAUUAGCUGGGCAUGGUAGUGUGCACCUGUAGUCACAGCUACUUGG